UCUACGUACAUGAAGUGUAUGCCAAUAUCGAGUUCAGGUAGAAUGGCUAUCCAACGUUAUUUCGUAAUAGCCUUAGGAUAGGGUUAUAGGAGAAAUAGAUGUACAGGUGAUUUAGAUUUGGAAAAUGACAGCAAUUAUAUUUCAUGUUUUAUGGAUGUGUUAUAUAUCGUCAACGGUCGGUGAAUUUAUGACAUACCAGAUGGAAGACUUGUGUGGCAAGACAGUCGGAGAGACGUCCACGGCGGGCAAAUUUAGCUUCGACUUCUCCAAGCUUACAUCCACGACAGGCUUCAACUGCUCUGUGACCGUGCAACCAGAGCUGACAAGCCGGCGUGAUGGGAGCACCAGUAAAGUCAUGGUCUACUUCACAGAGUUUGAGCUGGAAUCGUUCUGCACCGAAACCAACCUGACACUUUACGAUGCAAACGCGCCUGUUUCCGGUACCCAGAAGGAAAUGUGCGGCAGAAACGACACGCUGUUGAAAUCCUUCUUCUCCACCUAUUCAGACCACUUCCGGGUCGUGUUCAGGUGGAACAAGUACGGGGAAAGAUAUAGGAACGCCAAGUUUACCUUGAAUUACAUUUCAUAUUACGAUGGUCCUUGCGUCGACGAUGGACAGUCUAGAAAAUGUGGUUUGAGCGAGAGAUGCGUGCCAACAGAGUUCUACUGCUCGCUGGGCGAGGACCUCCACGAAUGCGGGUACACAGACGAGACCGAGUGUCAGGAGAUCGUUAUGAAUUGGUUGGAUAACUUAUUGGAUCAACUGAAGAACGUCGCAAUAGUCAUGGCCAUCGUGAUAGCCGCCUAUUUCGUCGUUCGCGUACUGCGAGCCUUGCGGGACCAAGGCUUAUUCAAAAAUUGUCAAUCCAUUGACAAAAUGAUUGCCUUUACAUCCAGACGAUCGCGACUGAAUGAGACUGGAACGACCGCAGCAGCGACUGAUGCUAGUAGAAAUUCUUUAACACUCGACAAUGUUUCUAGAAGGAACUCAAGUGCAAGUAGUAAUUCGUCCGAGGAGAAUGGUAAUCCAUCUAUAGAACGAUCGAAUCUGUCAAGUGAAAAUGAUAUUAGGUUGAACUUUGACAGCACGGGGCCGGACCAGAACUUUCUUUCCCCACCGGAACCGACCUCCCCUCUACCAAGUGGUGCCCCGCCCUCAUAUGACGAGGUCAUGGGGUCUUCUUACUCGCGGUCCAAUGACAAUAUUAACCAGUCAUCCAACGCUUGAGUGUCCGAGGGGUUGUAGGUCAAGUCUUACAAUGAUCAAGUCUUUCAAUAACACAUAUAUUCAUUUUCUUCAGGUUUUUACAUUUAUAUUUGAACAUUUGAAUAUUAUUUGAUAAAUAUUUUACACUGAACUUUAUAUAAUGUUAUGAUUUUCUUAUGUUCGUUUCUAUGUUGUAAUAAAUGUAGGUGUCUUUUUAAUGUAAUAAAGUAUUUUAACCGACA